CUCAACUUGGUUUCCGUUCAUCUUCAGCCAUCUCUCUCUCUCUCUCUCUCUCUCUCUCUCUGGCGCUUCACACCUUCCAGUAAUCUGCCAUGUCUACUCUGUAGAUCCAUAAACCCCACUCUCCGAUUUACUGAAUUCGCUGCUCUCGCGCUCAUCAUAUAAAUGGCUGUACAAACUUAACUGUAUAUCUACCCGUACACACACAUAUAGUCAUCAUAUCAUAUCAUAUCAUAUCUUGAAAUUGCUCGGAGAUAUGGAUUAUGCCGCCCCAGAUCUGAGGUGCAGAGUCUGCCCCGAUCCGGUGGACCAAUUCGACCGCCUCCCGGACUCUCUCGUCCUCGUCGUCUUCAACAUGAUCGGCGACGUCAAAGCUCUCGGCCGAUGCUGCGUUGUUUCGAGGCGUUUCCAUUCAUUGGUGCCGCAGGUUGAUAACGUCGUGGUCCGUGUAGACUGUGUCAUCUCCGAUGACGACGGGUCGUCCUCCUCGUCCGCCGCCUCAGACAAGUCCCGCCACCCGAUCUCUUCCCUCAUUCGUCUUGUAGUUAUGGGUCUCCUCAAGCCGUUCCAGUCCCUUACCCAAUUGAUCUCCGCCCCCACUCCCCCUCGACGGUUCUCUGCUUCUCCCGCCAUGGAAGACGGCAGAUUUGAUCAGAACUCCGUGACCCACCACUCCCCAACACAGGUCUUGAAGAAUUUCGAAGAAAUCAAAUUCCUUCGGAUCGAAUUGCCCAGCGGCGAGCUUGGAAUAGAUGACGGGGUUUUGCUCAAAUGGAGAGCCGAUUUUGGGUCCACCCUUGAUACUUGUGUCAUCCUAGGCGCUUCAUCAGUGACUCACCCCACAACGCCGGAUAAUCCCAACAGAAACCCUGAUGAUCAGAGCGAAGCAAAUGCCCAGAACGACAAUGGGAGCAUACCGGAGUCAUUUUACACCAGUGGGGGCUUGAAAUUACGAGUUGUCUGGACAAUAAGCUCUUUAAUUGCUGCUUCUGCCAGGCAUUAUUUGCUGCAGCCCAUAAUUGCAGAGCACAGAACUUUAGAUCAUUUGAUUUUGACAGACACGGAUGGGCAGGGGGUUCUGUGUAUGAACAGGGAGCAACUGGAGGAGCUAAGAGUGAAACCGUUGUCUGCUUCGUCCGCGUCAAAGAGGACUAUGGUGCCGGCUCUGAAUAUGCGGUUGUGGUUCGCACCUCAUUUGGUGUUACCAGAUGGUACGGUGCUGAAAGGUGCGACCUUGGUGGCAAUUAGGCCGAGCGAACAAAAGAAAGACGUGGUUGGGUCUGAUGGGAAUUGGGUAGCUUCUGCUUUUGAUGAACCUUAUGGAACAGCCGCAAGGAUGUUGGUGAAGGGGAGGACUUACUGUCUGGAAAUGAACUCAUUCUGAUCAUACAUUCGAAGCUAAUCAAGAAGUUGUUGGAUAGAUUCUGAGGAAGACUGCUGGUCUAAGUUAAAGUAUAUUCAAGGGUCACGGGACAGACGAGGAAAAUCACAUAUUUUUUGUGUGUGAUUCAACGGCUGAGAUAAUCGAUCCCCUUCAAAGGCAAAGUGUAACUGAGUAAUGUGUUGCUUCCUCGGAUGAAAUGCGAAUUGGGAGCUGAUAAAUAGCUAUAUCUAAUACAAGUAUAUGAGUUUUUAUGCAACUAUAAAUAUGAAUAAUAAGCAUCUGCUUUGCUUAUAUUCUAUGCAUAUGCUUUAUGGAUGUUGUUAAAAAUGUUUAAUGGGGUUUUUUUUGUUGUUGUAAGAUAUGUGUCAUCUGUGCCUUUGACAUUCCCUUGAUCUACAUAUACUAGUUACCUAUGUGAAUA